GCAACUAAUGCGGUAUUCAAUUUUCUUGCUCGUUUCCCGCGUUUCUUUCAUGUGAUUCUGAAUGUGAAUUUUUAUAAAAAGUAUACCGCUUUUCGAGAAAAAUUAUAUUAAUAUAUAACGAGUGUAAAUAUUGAACGUCACUUAUUUAUCAACAAUCUUUGAUGCACUGAGUGGAAACACUUUCUUAUAUUCGUCCGAUCCAGAAAUUAUUCAACAAUGUCAAUGGAUAACGAUCAAGGGGAUUUACUUUACACUCCACGACGAGCUCAAAAAUGUCUCUUUACACCAUCUAAAGGCAAUGUUUGUAAGAAAAACACAUCUCAAGAUUCAAAUUGUAGCAAGGAUGUUGAAGCAGUUUCAGGAGAAGAUUCAGACUUGGGACCUAUAUCACCAUUGGCUUUUACUGAUCGAAGUCCAAGUCUUAGUGAUAGUUCUUCAGGAAGAGAAUUUAUCUCUCCACUUGUUACACCUGAAAAAUUAUCUUUAUCUGAUGUACCUGCGUCCUGGGAUCGUUUAACAAAGCGUAAUAAGGAGGAUCGUAUAUCACCUUUUAGUUCACUUAGGAAAGUCACUAGAGCUGCUAGAUAUUCGCCAAGAUGUAAAUUUAUUAACAGCUUAUCAAGAUCACUACCAUCUUCUCCACGCAAAUUGAUGGAACCAUUAACGCCACAGCGCUCAAAGAUGAGUGUGACAAUGGAUGAAAUAGUACCAGAAACACCUCAACGAAAUUUUGCCACAGAAAUACAAAAUCAGAACAUCACAGAAACACCCCGAAAGAGUAGAACUCCUGAGUGUAGGCAGAUAACACCUUUAAGUUCCAUAAGUAAAACAGCUCCAUUGCCGAAACUUCACAGACGAAAAUCUUUCAGUGGGCUUGGAAUAAGUGAAAGCUUCUCACCCGAACAAAAAGAGAAUACAUUGAAAAGGCACGCGCACGAUCAAUUGACAGUGAAACCGGCAAAAUUAUUCAAGGCGGAUGAUGUUUCUGCGCCUAGAGCGAGAGCAGCAUUAUUUCAGGAGAGAAAGAAUGAACCUAAUAGCUUGAAAGAUAUUUCAUUGAAUACAAAAACAUUUUACAGUAGCAAAACGAGGACCGAGCGACCAUUUGCUUUUGGUAAUUUUAGUAAUAGCGAUGUUAACAAAAGACGAAGUUUACCGAUGCAGAAUAUAAACAGCAGGCGUUCGUUAUUAAAAAAGCAGAAAUUCGGUAAAAUAAAUGCUGGCGUGUUUCACGGUAUCAAAAAGCCAAAGAAACCUAAAACGAAACCAGAGAUAUUGAAGAAAGAACAGCAUAUUACACAAACUCCUGCCAUUUCAAAUAAAAAUUCACCUGUGAAUGCAAUUGCAGAGAAAGUUCCUUCACCAGAGAUCGACUAUAGUAAAAGAUUUUUCAAAACUAAGAGAUUAAACAGAACGAUUGAGGCUGCUAAUGAAUCAGUAAUGAAUCAGAAACAUGUUCACGCUACAACAAAUAUGUGCAAGCAACAAAAAGCUGCAGGCAUCUGUCUGGAUACCACGGAUCUGACUGUGGAUGAACCAGAAAUUGAAGCUACAUUGGAGCAAGAUAAAGUUAUUAAUCUCUUGAAAAUAUUGGAGGAUGAUUGGGCGAAGGAUGAUUAUGAUACAAUGGAAACAUUAACCAAUAGUACAGUAAAUACUAUUUCUCCGUCAAAAACGACGACGACGAUAGCUAAGAAUGUGAUCAUGUCACCAGCUACUGAACUCAGUAAUAUGACUUCGACCAUGAAUAUCAAAGAUGUUACUUCUCUGACAAACUUUGGAAAUCUUUCGCUUGACAAUACAGGCAGUAAUAAUGAUGAUGUAAAAACUAGCAAAAAAAGAUACUUUCCAUUAUUCACUAAAGGAUAUUCUGCAUCUGAUAAUAUUUUCGAAGAAACAAAUCACGGAAAAGCUACAAAAUCUUCAAAAAAAAAUAUGCUGCAAUGGCAAUCAUCUACAAAAGGUGGUGGCGCAGAAGAUCAAUAUCAGUUAGAUGCUGGUCAAAAGUCUUUUGGUGCCACUCAAUGCCCAGAAUGUAAUGUUGUAUACCAAUUGGGCAAUCCUGAAGAUGAAAAUGCUCAUUUAAAUUAUCACAAUAGCAUACGAACUUUAAAAUUCCAGGGGUGGAAGAAUGAGCGUGUUAUAAUGGAAGAUCCUUUUACAUCUAGCAGAAUAAUAUUGGUCGAACCACAUGACUCGAAACAAUAUUGGAAGAAAGUAUCAGAUAUUCUGGCUAUUGUAGAUAAAGAUUUGGGAUUGGCGGACAUGAGCAUGUCAGAUUAUCAGGGCAAAAAGGUCUUGUUAUAUAUACGCGAGAAAAAUGUUCUCGGAAUAUUGGUAGCGGAACCUAUCCAAACGGCGUAUCGUAUGAUUCCUGAGCUAAUUGAGCUGGACUGUUGUACCGCUGAAAGCACACCUACGAAAUGCGGCAUAAACGUUGUCUGGACGGCGAUGAGUCACCGUAAACAGGGUAUUGCUACUAAACUCGUCGAUACUUUGAGAUCGAAAUUCUUCUAUGGUUAUGUGAUGUCGUUGGAUGAUAUAGCGUUUUCUAUACCGACUCCAAGUGGUAAAAUCUUUGCUGAGAAAUAUACGAAAACACGAAAUUUCAAAGUUUACAACUAAGUCUUCAUAAGGCUUCAAUAUUUUGUGACGUGUUUUAUUCUAAAUGAUCAUUUUCUUUUCCGGUUUAUUAUUAAUAAAAAACCCGGUGAUCAUUUAUUACUAUAUUAUACAUUUUAAAAAAACUUUUACCUUGUUUGCCUAUUUUCUUGAAAACUUUACUAGAGAUAUUUAUGGAAAAAAAAGAUUGAUAUGGUCUCUUUAAUUUAUUAAUGUAAUUUUUCGUUUUAAAUUAUUUGUCGAUACAAAAAUACAUUUUAUUUAGAUUUCACAAUUCUAAUGAAUCUCUUUCUCAAUACACAAUAAUACAUAUUUUAAAAAAUUUAAUAUAAGAUGAUAGAUUUAAAUAAUACUAUUGGGUAAUUAUACUUAUGGUCUUCAAGUUUGAGUAAGUUGAUAAAAAUACGAAUAUCCUUGAAAUAAAUAGAUUAAGUAUAUAAGGUUCCAUCUCUAAUUUAUUAAAUAGAUACGUGCUAUUAAUUCUAAUCACUGAACUUUAUACAUAUGGAAAUCGCCGUGUUUCUCAAAAAACACGCGGCCCGACAAAGAAGACAUUGUAUGAUCUUUUGUCUUUUUCUGUUUUAGACUUCUUUUUUAGUGGUAGAAUUACCGUCAUAAAAGUUAGAUAAUGAUGUUGAUUAUAUAUAGAUUGGUACAAGAGCUAAGAAGAAAAGAGACAAAAGUCACGGCAAUGUCCUUUUUGUCAGACCGCACAUUUAUAUCAGAUUUAUACAGAAAGGCACAUUCCAAUAUGUAUAGAGUUCAGUGAUUCUAAUAUAUUUUUCUUAAAAUAAUAGAAAUAAUAUAUCUAACAAUGUGAAUUAUUUAUAGAUGGAAUAUGUUAUAUCUAAAAUUAUCUGUUUGGUGAGGAAAUUAAAUGAAUUUCAUUGAA